AUGACAGAACUUCGAGAAUUUAAACGGCCUCUUGUUCUACACAAAAAUCAAAGAACUCAAUUGCCAGGCACUUAUUUAUCACCUGAUGAUGUUUCGAUUUGGGAUAUUAUUCGACCGAAUUUGGGCAAAGAUUUUUCGCGUUUCACUGUACCUGUAUUUAUGAAUGAACCAUUGUGUUUUUUGCAAAGAUUGUCCGAAAAUGUUCAAUAUAAUUAUUUGCUGGAAAAAGCAGCGAAAUGUGAGGAUGAAAUUGAAAGAUUAGAGGUGAGCUUUGGGAUUUUGUGGUUUUUUUCAAUUUUCUAGAAACUAGCAAUGAGGCCACUUUGAAAGAAAAAGUAGAUCACGUGAAAAAUUUAGAUUUUUUUAAUAGAAAUUUUCUGGAACAGUUUUUUGGAUUAAAAUUUUUCAAAAUUUUUUCGUGAAUAAAAUUCGUUAUUCUUCUGUUGCUAAAAUUGUUCAAGUGUAAAUCUAAUUUCAAUUCACUUCGUUCUCCUCUAAUUAUGUUUUCUGCUCGAAAAAAUUCUGAAAUUUUUGAAGACACUUCAAAAAGGUUCACGAAUUUUUGUUUAUUUUUGCUCACAAGAUAUUUAUUUUUCAAGAAUCAAACAAUCAAAAAACUAAUUUGGUUUUGACUAGAAUGAAGUUCAAACAUCAAAGUCUCAUCGACAAAAAUUUUCAGAAAACUUUUAAUUUUAUAAAAACUCUCUAAAUUCAGAAAAUAGCUGAAGAAAGACCUUCAGGUACUUCUAGUUUUCUUCAUUCGUAUUCCGACUUUUCCGGUCAAAAUCGAGGAAUCUCCAUAACCCAAAUCAAAGUUCUACAAUUUCUCAGAAAAAUAUUCUAAUAUCCUAUUUUUCUAGUAUGUUGCCGCAUUUGCGCUCGCCACAAUUUCCUCCAACCACAAUCGUCUUUCAAAACCCUUCAAUCCUCUAUUACUCGAAACUUUUGAACUCGAAAGAAAUGGUGUUCGUUUCAUAGCCGAACAAGUAUCCCAUCAUCCACCAAUUUCUGCAGUUUAUGCCGAAUCCGACGAUUUUAUUGUUGAGGUGAGAAAAUAAUAGAAGCAGGUUUUAUUUCUUCCUGGACUUUCUCUUUGGACACAGAGAAAAAGAGAAAACUGGAUUCGAUAAUUACGUAAUGAUGAUGGAAAGAUCAAGGAUUUCAACGCUUUUUUUUGAAAAUAUCUAGAUCCAGAAAAAAACUUAUUGCAGGGAACGGUCGAGCCAACUUUGAGUUUUUGGAUGACAAAAUUAAUCGCAAAUCCACACGCAUCUCUGAAACUCACUUUCAAAAAGUAAGAAAAUUAUCCUUGUGAAUCAAAAGGUUACAAAAUUUUUACAGAACAGGGGAGACUUAUCAUUGGUCAGCUCCAAAAUGCACAAUCUAUAAUGUGAUUAUGGGAAAAAUGUAUAUGAACUUUGUAAGUUUCCAAAAAAUAAAUGCUCCAGGAAUAGUAAAAAAAAUUCCAGACAAGUCAAAUGAAAAUUGAGUCUUCGGGAGAUUAUGAUGCCGUUUUCAAUUUUGAGAAUAAAGGAUAUUCGACUCCGCGAACUGGCGAUGUUCAUGUUGAAGGACAUAUAUUCGAAGGAAAAAAGAAGAUCAAAGCUCUCUACGGAAAUUGGACUCUAUAUUUAGCAUCUUGUGAUAAUGAUACAUUCAAAUCACAUCGAAAAGAAUAUGUUCGAAUGUUCAAUGAAUCAAUAAAUCGUCGAGAUCAUGGUCCAAUUCUUCCCGAUUCAACAAUUCUUUGGAUAUCCAAUCAGAUUCCUGUCAAAACUUUUGACGAACAAUUUCAUUUCACAUAUUUCACUUUGUCGUUGAAUGAAAUGUAUGAGGGAAUGGCUGAUAGUUUGCCACCAACAGAUAGUCGAAGAAGAAAAGAUAUGAGAGCAUUAGAGAAUUCGGAUAAUGAAGAAGCUGAAAAAUGGAAACAUCGAUAUGAAGAAGAACAAAGAGAUAGACGAGCCGAAAAUGAGGGAAAUGAACCAUUGUAAGUACUUGGGUAAAAAGAGAAGAGUUUUAGAAAACCCUUUUCGAACUUUAAAAAAUUAAACAUUUUUACUCUGGCUCACAACAGGUUGGUGUGAUUUUUGAAUAAAUUUGUCAUUUCAUUUCAGAUGGUUCAAAAAAGUGGAUGACACGUGGCAAUACAAUGGCGAAUAUUUCAACCGAGAUUUUUCGAAAUGUCUCGAACUUUUCGGCGCUUCGGACAGCAAUGGAAAUUCAAUAUAA